AUGAAGCUGUGCAGUUCAAAUCUGGGUGCUUUGUCUUCGAGACUUAUCAAACCAUUCACUCUCACCAUCCAAUGCACUCGUUGCUUCCACAAGAAUGCUGCCGCGCCCUCUGUUCCUUCCCCGACGCCAUUCGUUCCCGACGUCCAGACCUUCCUUACCUUGAUCGGUCGUGAUAUGAAAAAGCACGCCAGCAAACUGUCUUCUUGGGACAAGCUUUUCACCCUCAACUCCACCGAACUCCGUGAAGUCGGCAUCGAGCCUGCGCGCCAACGACGAUAUUUACUUCGCAAAAGAGAGAAGUUCAGGCAGGGUGUUUACGGUCCUGGUGGUGAUUUGGAACAUGUCGUCGAUGGAGCCGCCCAAUUGCGAGUAGUCGCAGUGCCUGUGCCAGGCACCCACACAACCAGAGGCGAACGAGAGUCGAGCCCUCAGGAUUCCUCGGCCAACUUAUCACCCGGUAUGAAGCAAAUGAUUGUAAAUCUCCCACCAGAUGCUACCGGCUAUGAGCAUGAGGGCUCCAGACCCCUCAAGAAAUUUGCACAUAUGAGGAUACACCGUGGCUCUUUGAUUAGGGGACCCUUCUUGCAACCAAUUAAGGGAACAAACGGCAGCGCCGCUCUGAUCAAGGUCCAGGAAGGUAUGUGGGAGGAUAGGCUGGGACACAAAGUUGACGGUGGUGAAAGGAGACGCGCUGAGGUCCGCGCCAAAAAGAGGAGCGAGGAACGGAGGAAGGGCACGGCAUAA